AUGGCUGAAGUCAUUGCUUCUGACAUUCUCAAAAUGGUCAUCCAAAAGCUGGCCACCGAAGCUAAGAACAGAUAUGUUCGAGCUCAGCGAAUUCAUUCUGAUCUCAAGAACAUGGAGAGGUCGUUGACCCAGAUCACAAAUGUGUUGAAUGAUGCUGCUGAAAAAGAAAUAACUGAUGAAGCAGUUAAACAGUGGCUGAAUGAUCUUCAGCAUCUGGCUUAUGAUAUAGACGACAUACUUGAUGGUCUGGCGACCGAAGCUAUGCACCAUGAGUUGACCCAACAACCUGCAGCCAUCACCAACAAGGUAAGAAAGCUCAUCAUCCCGACUUGUUGCACAAAUCUAGCACUUAGUAAUAGGAUGCAUUACAAGUUGGAUAGUAUUUCCAAUAGGUUGCAAAAUCUUGAAAAAGAAAAAAAUAGGCUUGGUUUGAUUGUGAAAGAUGGCAGAUCAAAAAUGAAUAUAAAUAGAAAGUAUCAGACCUCUAUGGUAGAUGUAUCUAGUAUUGUUGGACGAGAAAAGGAGAAGAACGAAUUAGUCCACAAGUUAUUAGGGGGUGAAGAAUGUGAUCAAAACCUUAGCAUCAUUCCCAUAGUUGGCAUGGGUGGGGUAGGUAAAACUACUCUAGCUAGACUUUUGUAUGAAGAAAAGCAAGUCAAGGAUUGUUUCCAGCUCAAGGCAUGGGUUUGUGUUUCAGACGAGUUUGAUAGCUUUGCCAUAAGUAAAGUUAUCUUUCAAUCUGUGACGGGUGAGGAUAGAAAUUUUGCAGAUUUAAAUCUCCUUCAACUAGCUCUUAGAGAUCAGCUUAGUGGUAAAAGAUUUCUACUAGUUUUAGAUGAUGUAUGGAGUGAAAGUUGUGAAGAUUGGGAAACGCUUGUGGUUCCGUUUCAUGCAUGUGCUCAUGGAAGUAAGAUCAUAAUGACAACACGAAAGGAACAAUUGCUCAAACAAUUGGGUUACAACCAUUUAAACCAAUUGCAGAGCCUUUCGCAUAAUUAUGCUAUGACAUUAUUCGCUCAACAUGCAUUGGGUGUAAAUAACUUUGAUUCAUAUCCAAUGCUGAGAUCACAUGGUGAAGGCAUUGUGAAAAAAUGCAAUGGCUUGCCUUUGGCUUUAAAAGCACUUGGUAGACUAUUGAGGACAAAGCAAGAUGAAGAAGAGUACUGGAAGGAAAUUUUAGAUAGUGAGAUAUGGAGUUUAAAAGAUGGAGCUGGAAUUGUUCCGGCUCUCAGACUAAGCUACCAUGAUCUUUCCGCACGUCUAAAGAGGUUGUUUGCAUAUUGUUCCUCGUUCCCCAAAGACUAUAUGUUUGACAGGGAGGAUUUGGUUUUGUUGUGGAUGGCAGAAGGGUUGUUGCGCCAAUCGCCUCCUACCAAUUUGACAGAAGAACGCUUGGGUCAUGAAUGUUUUGAAGAGUUGUUGUCAAGGUCGUUUUUCCAACAUGCUCCUAAUGAGUCAUUUUUUGUAAUGCAUGAUCUAAUAAAUGACUUGGCCACAUAUGUUGCUAGAGAUUUCUUUUUAAGGUUAGACAAUGUGAUGGUAAGAGAAGUUAAGAAAGAAGUGUUAGAAAAAUGUCGUCAUAUGUCAUUUGUUCCUGAAACGUAUGUAACUUACAGGAAGUUUGAAGCACUCGGUAGAGCGAAAAGUUUGAGAACAUUUAUGGCAACAUCUGUUGGUUUAGUAGAAAGUUGGAGAAGUUUCUACUUAUCGAAUAAGAUUCUUGUUGACUUACUUUCUGAGUUACCACUCUUAAGGGUUCUAUGCUUGAGUAAUUGUGAGAUAAGUGAAGUGCCUGAUUCAAUUGGUAGUCUAAGGCAAAUGCGGUAUCUUAAUCUAUCCCGAACAAAAAUCACACGUCUACCAGAAAGCGUUUGCAAUCUUCACAAUUUACAAGUAUUGAUUGUUUUUUACUGUUCUCAUUUGGCUAGGUUGCCCAACAACUUCUCAAAACUGAAAAAUUUGCGUCAUUUUGACCUUCGAAAUACCCCAUGUUUAAAUAAGUUACCUUCAAGGAUUGGUGACUUGAAAAACUUACAAACUCUCUCCAAGAUCAUUAUUGAAGGUCACAAUGGAUUUGAAAUAAGCGAGCUUAAAGAAUUCAAGAAUCUAUGUGGGAAAGUUUCUAUUAAGGGGCUGGAUAAAGUGCAAAAUGCAAUUUGUGCACGGGAGGCUAACUUUUUUGGAAAGAGGCUUAGUGAGUUGGAAGUGGAAUGGACUGAUGUGUCUAAUGUUUCUCGAAAUGAAAUGGUUGAGAAGGAGGUCUUAAACGGGCUGAAGCCUCAUAAUGAAAGCUUAAAACAACUCAAAGUGUUGUCUUAUGGGGGAAUAGAGCUUCCAAAUUGGGUUGGGGAUCCGUCGUUUUUUCAGUUGAAACAUGUGUCAAUACAUGGUUGUAAAAGAUGUUUAUAUCUACCAUCACUGGGGCAGUUACCUUCACUCAAAGGGUUGUCCAUAAAAGGCUUGCAUGAAGUGAAAGUUGUAGGUUUGGAGCUAUUUGGGUCUAGUGGAACAUUUCCUUUACUUGAAACUCUAAAAUUUGAAGAUAUGCCAGGGUGGGAGGUGUGGUCAGCCAAUAGUCAAGUUGUGUUUCAAUGCCUUCAAGAGCUUCAUAUCAUAAGUUGUCCUAGAUUGGCUAAAUUGUCACUUGAAGCACUACCAUCAUUGAGGGUAAUAAGAGUAUAUCGAUGUGGCGAUGUUGUGUUGAGAAGUCUUGUUGAAGUAGCUCCAAAAGUCAUCCAAUUGGACGUAAAAGAUAUUUCAGGUCUUAUAGAUGAUGUGUGGGGAGGCGUUACAAAAUAUAUUGGUGCAAUUGAAGAAUUAACGAUUAGUUGGUGCCAUGAGAUUAAAUACUUGUGGGAAUCAGAAACAGAGGCAAGUAAGGUUUUUGUGAAUCUAAGGGACUUGACUAUAGUAGAUUGUGAUAAUUUGGUAAGUUUAGGAAAUAAAGAAGGAGAUGAGGAGGGUAUUUGUGGUAGAACUCUACACCUAACAUCUCUUGCAAUAUGGUCAUGUAAAAAUAUGGAGCGGUGUAGAGUUCCAAAGAGCAUUGAGAGAUUGGAGAUUCGUCAGUGUGAUUCUAUUACAAAAAUCUCCUUCCCAUUAGGAGGGAAAAAGCUCAAAACAGUUUGGAUUGCGCAAUGUGUGGCAAUGAAAAGGGAUUUCGGAGGAUAUGAACAAGGAGAAGAAGAUAAGAGCAUGAUGCUUUUAGACAACAAUUCCAUGCCAAUUCUUGAAGAGGUGUGGAUUGAGAAUUUGCCAAAUCUAGAAUUCAUCAAUAAAUUGAAUUGCUUCCUUCACCUCACCAUGUUGGCAAUAGACUAUUGUUCAAGUCUGGAGACGUUUCCUGACCACCAGUUGUUGGAUCUCGCCUCCUUAAAAACAUUGUGUAUUAUAGAUUGUCCAAGACUGAAUGCAUCCUUUCCUCGUGGGUUUUGGCCUCCCAAGUUGUGUCGGCUUACAAUUGGGCGGUUAAAGAAGCCCAUCUCUAAAUGGGGUCCACAAAACUUUCCCCGGUCACUUGUAAAACUAAGCUUAUAUGAGGGAUCGUCCUCAGAUGAUAAUGAGGAUGUCACUGAUUUUAGUCAAUUGUCCAAUCUUCUUCCUUCAUCUCUUACUCAGCUAGAAAUAAACGAGUUUGAGAACUUGGAAUCAGUUUCAAGGGGACUCCAACAUCUCACCUCCCUCCAACAUCUCUCCUUUGAUAAAUGCCCAAAGAUGAAACAUUUGCCAGAUAUGUUGUUUCCAUCACUUUUGAGUUUGAGAAUCUGUGACUGCCCAGAUCUGAAAGAAAAAUGCAACAGAGAUGGCUCCUACUGGCCUCUCAUUUCCCAUAUACCCUGCAUCGAAAAUUCGUCAUGUUGAGCAUAAGAGGGAGAAAGAAAUAAGCAGAUAAUCACUCACCAAUAUUUAAUGGGAAGCAAUGACAUCUCAGUUUAGAAUCCCAUCUAUAUAUAUGGAACUGAUAGCAAAAGUCUGGUAAUCAACUUCAGAGCCACCAAACAUAUGCAGUUUUUGCCAACCAUAUCUAGUGGCUGCAUUCAAGGAGCUCUGAUCAUAGUUCUAAUUGAUGAACAUCCAGCAGGAAAUACAAUAAUGGAGAACACAGUGCUUUUCUCAAGUUUACGACACUUGCGCAUGGAGUUUUAUGAUGAGUUCAUGGAGCCAUCUGCUAUGAAUUCGCGGAUGAAAGAUCCAAUGUCUCAAUUGGAAACAAUUAUCAUAUUAGAUAUAUAUGUUUUUGAUCUCUGUAUGGAGUCAAAUAAGUUUUUACUAUUUUACCAUAAUACUAGUCAUCCGUGUUUACUGGACAGACCAUGUGUUUCGGGAGAGUUUACUGGCAUUAUGAGUUAGUGGCUUUGGGUUAGGAAUCUUUUCUUAUGUUUGGGAGUUCCGUUUGUAGUAUAGUAUAUGGUAUCCAAUUUUCAAUACAAUAAA